AUGCUUUUUGCUCUCACCAGCAUUCUUUUGGCGCUGCAAUUGGCUCCGACUUGUUGGGCCGGAUUAUACUUCCUUCAACCUGCAAGCGGCAGCUCAUGCACUGGUGGUUCGCCUUGUACUGUCAGUUGGCUUGACGAUGGCAAUCGUCCAUUGCUCCCUUCCAUUGGCGUUGUUACCGCUGGAUUAUAUACCGGCAAAAUGCAACUCGUACAAACGUUACCGCCCGUGGAUACCUCAAACGUCCUCUCCUACCAAUUUACUCCCAUACCCGAAGCUGGACCAAAUUCCAACGCGUACUAUAUCGCAUUCACCUCCACCGAAACAAAGGUGAAUGGUACAAACUACGUUGGAUUUUCUCCCUUCUUCACGCUCAAAGGGAUGUCGGGCUCAUUCUCAUCACCCCUUGCUUCGGCCACCCGCUCUGUAGCGAUCCCAACCACGAUUUCCAACAGGCCAGGAAGCAUCAUCCCCACCACAAUCACCGUUGGCAAUGUCGAUACCUCCGUCUCUCUCUCAAUCCCCCAACCGUCGGUUAAACCAAAGCCCUCUUCAUCAUUUCAGUCAUUGACAUUACCGACGACCUCGUUUACCUCGCGUUUCUCGACCUCCUCUAUCUCCUCUUCCCCUCUACCCUCAGUCUCCCCUGCCAGCGCAGCAUCCACAAAUUUUGGAGCGCGAAACCCUGUCCCCUCCCUGCCCUUCUUGGCUGUUUUAUCGUUAUGCAUUCUGCUUCGUCCAUAG